AUGGAGGUGGAGGUCCUGGAGGCGAGCAACCCUUUGUCAGCCGAAGGCGACAGCCUGGUCCUGGACGCGGACCUGUACGACACGGACACCUACGACAUCCCAGACCCCGGGCUGCUCUCAGAAGAGGACGAGCUGUACAUCACCGAGCCGGAGCGCAACCUGCAGUUUUUUGCCAGCAGCCAGAGGUGGCAAAACCUGACCUUGCGCGCCCGCGCCCGCCAGCUGUGGCUGCUUCUACGCACGGGCCUUCGCGACAUCGUGGAGAAGGAAAAGAGGGCCGAGCUGCACGUGGCGCGCCUGACGCACGGCUUGGAGCCCCUGCGCCGCCUGGAGGUCGCAGCCGGGCCGCGCUCCGUGGCGCUGGACCCCGUGGGAGGACACUUGGUGGUGCUGGACGGCGAGUGCCGCCUGCACCUGCACAGAAAAGACGGCUGGGCGCAGGGCAAGCUGCUGGCCCCCGUGGCUCUUACGGGACUGGCGGCCGUGCUGGGCCCUCUGGGUGCGGUGGGCCGCUUUGUAGGCUGGGGUCCCCAGGGGCUGGCCAUCCUACGGCCUGACCUCAGCCUGCUGUGGCUGAGCAAGCCUGGGGCGGACAGACCACCGAGCGACGAGACCAUUUGCUGCCUGCCGGUGCCCGACCUGGGGCUACUGCUUGUGGCCCAGGCGAGCGGUGGCUUGGCGCUUUGGAAGUUCCGCUCAGGUGGUCGCCGCCUGGUGCCGCGAGGGUCACCCCUGCAGCCGCCGGCCAGCCUGGAGGGGCCGCUCAAGCGCCUAGCUCUGUGGCCUGCACCACCCCACUGCGUCCCGCGCUGUGUGGCUGCCUACGGCUCUGCCGUUCUCACCUUGGACCUUCAGGAGUGGGCGCUAGUGGACGUGCGCCGGGAUCUGCACAAAACCACCAUCUCAGACCUGGCGUAUUGCGAGGACGCGGAGGUCAUGGUGACGGCCUCACGGGACACCACGGUGAAGGUGUGGGAAGCCGACUGGCAGAUCCGGAUGGUGUUCGUGGGCCACACAGGCCCAGUGACUGCUAUGACGGUGCUCCCGAACACAACGCUGGUAGUGUCCGCCUCGCAGGACGGCACGCUGCGCACGUGGGACCUGCAGGCGGCGGCGCAGGUGGGCGAAGUGUCUCUGUGCUACUGGUGCCAGGAUGCGCUGUCCGCGCGUGUGAACCGCCUGCUGGCCCCGGCUGGCCCCGGCUGGCCCGUGCUGUCGCUGUGCGCCACCGGCGUGGGGCUGUGGUGCCUGCGAGAGCUCCACUCACCGCUGGCGCAGCUGCCCGCGCCCGUGCUGCACCUGCAGGCGGCACCCCCGCUGCCCGCGCCCGAGUACCCGUCGCUGCCCGCGCGCCUCGUGUGUGCGUGCGCCGACGGCUCGGUCUACCUGGUGUCGGCCGUGACCGGACGCUUAGUGAGCGCGCUGCUGCUGGGGCCCGAGGACUUGGCGGCCAGCGUGGCCUACUGCCUGCCGCGCGAGGCGCUGUGGCUGCUGACGCGCGCCGGGCACCUGGUGCUCGCCAACGCCGCGCGCUGCCCCAUGCGCGUGCUGCACCGCUCGCGCCCGCCGCCGCCCCCGGCGCCGCAGCCCUGCUGCCUGCACCUCUACAGCCACCUCACGGACCCCAGCGCCGCGCUCGCCUCCUGGGAGGCCGUGCGCGAGCGCGGGGGCGAGAUGCGCCACAGCGCCGCGUCCUGGGCCUGGAAGAACAAGAACCGCUACCUGCCGGUGGUCGGGUACUCGGACGGCUCGCUGUCGGUCCUCGAAGGGCGCACGUCCAAGGCCGUCUUCCGCACGGAGGCACACAGCCCGGGCCCGGUCACAGCCAUCGCAUCCACCUGGAGCAGCAUCGUGACUUCCGGCGGAGACCUGACGGUGAAGAUGUGGCGCGUCUUCCCCUACGCCGAGGAGAGCCUGAGCCUGCUGCGGACCUUCUGCUGCUGCCAGCCCGGCGCCUGGCUCUGCGCGCUGGGCAGACGCGUCACCGUGGGCUUCGAGGCCCCGCAGAGCGCCACCUACGGCCUGGUGCAGUUCGGCCUGGGCAGCGAGCGGCGCUGCGACCACCGGCCCCAGGACGACCCCCUGGACCACAUCACGGGCCUGUGCUGCUGCCCCACGCUCAAGCUCUACGCCUGCUCCAGCCUGGACUGCACCGUCCGCAUCUGGACCGCCGACAACCGGCUGCUGCGGCUCCUGCAGCUGGGCGGGGCCCCGCAGGCCCUGGCCUUUUGCAGCAACAGUGGAGACCUGGUGCUGGCGCUGGGCUCCCACCUCUGCCUGGUGUCCCACAAGCUCUACCUGCCCACGUCCUACCUGGUUAAGAAGCUCUGCAUGAAGGAACCUGACGUGGUGGACGACCCCCCGCUGCCGCUGACCAACAAGGAGCAGCUGACUUCCGCCCAGCUGCAGAGGCUCGCUACCCUGCACGGGGUGGCCAGCCUCAGUGUGGCCUUGACCUUCGUCCAUCACCAGUCAGCAGUGCCCCAGGAGCCGGUGCUGAAGGAGGACUUGGAGGCCCUUGUGGCCCGGGACAGAGACCUGAAGCAGCUGAGGCUGGGGCUGGUGGUCCCUGAAGCCCCGCCCCCACUCUCCUGGCAGCAGCGCCAGGAAGCCUUUGACCGUUACCUCCGUUUGAUCCGCAGCCCCGGCCUGCUGGACUUCCAGUCUGUAAGGGGAUCCCAGCAGUGGGCCGCUGCGGCCUUCAGCCUGGAGAGAGAGGCCAGGGGCACUGUGUCGCCCGGCGCCGAUGUCCAGACAGCGCCAGCGGCUCUGCCCCGGCGCUUUGCCCGCCCUCCCCGAGUCGCCCUGCCCCUGCCACCUGCCCAGCACGAGGUGCACAGCAAGGUGUCCCAGCUUCUAGUCCGCUCCUCCCUGAGCUACGAGCUGGGCCUCGGGCUGGACAUGCUGCUAGAGUCGGAGCAGGUCCGGCGGGAGAUGACCGUGGGCCCCAACUCACCGUCCCACCUGCAGCAUAGGAUCCCACUGCUGCUGAGACGACGGCCCAGGGAGCCCCUGUCGAAGCUCAGGGGCUUCUUUCCUGCCACCCCACACCCCCACAAGGGCUGCCCGCUGCCCAUCGGCUUCCCAGGUUUCGUGCCCAACUCCACGCUGCUGCAGCAGAUGUGGUUGCCUGCCGAGGUCAGCUGCCUGGGGUCCCUGGCCCAGCUCGCCUCCCGGUUCCGGAGACGCAAGCCAGGUGGGAGCCGUGGCGACGACCUGUGGCUGCAUCACCCCCGGCGGUCCAACGCCAGGUGGAAGAGGCGGUGGCUGCAGUGGCUGCGGGGGAAGGCCAGGGUCAAGGAGGAGGAGGAGGAGGAGAGGAAGAAGGUGCUGGAGGAGGAGGAGGAGGACUUGGGAGCCGUGUGCUCCUCGGCGUCCCUGAGCCCACAGAGGCUGCGCUCUGAGCAGCGGCUGGAGUCCUUGGAGCCCAAGCUUUCGAGCGCUGCAGAGCUGACCCCGGAAGCCCUGAGCUCCCAGCAGACCACCAGGACCAAGACGGGCGCCUACCCCCAGUCCCAGUACCCCCGCACCCGCACACUGUGGGAGGAGCGCUACGGGCACCUGCCCAAGUUCCUGCACUUCUUCGUCAGCCAGAACUGGUUCAAAAAACUGUUCCCCAUCAUCACCCUGGAGGCGUAUCCAGAGAUGGGCACUGUGGAGGGACUGGCCUCGAUGCUGCUGGACAAGCUGCCUCCGUCCUCCUGGGCCGACCGAGUGCACAUCCUACACGCUCUGCUGAUGCUGCUGCCCGACCUGGGCCACGGCCUCCGCGGACGGCUGCGGGACCUCCUCCUGCACCUGCUCAACUUGGACCAGCCCCCCAGCUUCCAGGACCCCACUCAGAAGCAGUUCGUCAUGCUGGCGCUGCAGCUGCUGCUGGCCUGCUUCCUGGAGUCGCAGGACACCGUGCUGGAGCUCAUGUCCUACUUCCUCUACUCGCCGGACUCCUGCCGGCCAGAACUCAUGAAGCUGAUGGACAGGCUGGGCCUGCAAGACCCACAGGGCUUCCUGUUCAAGGAGAUGCUGACCUGGGCCCAGGGCGCCCAGCUCAGCUCCAAGUCCACGCUGCGCAGGCUGUGCUGCCAGAAGCUGGAGGGCAUGAUCCAGCAGCUGCAGACAAGAACCAUGAAGGCGCAGGCGGCCAGGCCCGAGCCCUCAGCGCUCCCCCCUCCUCCCCAGGAGGCCCCCUCGAAGGCUGCGUCGCCGGCGUCCCCGUGGCACCUCCUGGAGCCGCCCUUGCCAGCGGGUGCGGGUGCGGAGCUCCAGGCCCAGCCGGUGCGCAGCCGGUGGACCAAGCGCGCGCUCUCCGAGACGCUGCAGAACUUCUGCGGGACGCCCAGGCCCAGCUGGCGCUCGCCCGCGUCCCCGGCGCUGCCGGAGAGGCCGCCGCUGCCCCACGGGCAGAUGCUGGACCUCGGCUGCAUCGACGCCCUCAACUACUUCUGCGAGCAGCAGCGGGCGCAGCAGCUCAUCCUGCUCUGGGAGGAGGCGCAGCGCCUGCGCUCGCCCGAGCCCAACACCGUGGUGCGGCCGCCGCAGGACCGCAGGCGCUGCCCCGUCCUCCGGCUCCAGGAGGCCCAGGUCCACAGCUCCGAGGAGCGGCCGAGGGGCUGGAUGCCCGCCGCACUCCGCACCGGCCGGCCCCGCCCCCUCGACGUUGCCAUCCGGGCGCUGAAGCUGCCGCUGCCGCGGGUGGAGGUGCAGCCAUUCCCGGCGGGGUGGCCACGGCCCGCACGCCCGCGGUGCCCGCUGCCCCUGCAGCCCGGGCUGCAGCGCUACUUCGUGCCGGGGCGCGCAGACCCCGACGGCCUGGGCUAA